UAAAUAUUACAAACAUUAUGGUGGCGUUUAUUAUAAAAAUGAUAUUCCUAACUAUAAUCUUUUUACUAUGCCAUUAUAGUUCCAAAUAUCACAUUUUUCUCUCAGUGCGGCAGAAAGCGCACAAAACAUUACUUGCAGGUUCUCAACAAUCUCGGCGAAGCUAGUGGAUUAAGUAAAAUCAAAAAAUUUUGACAUGGGUUUCAGAGUGCUGUCCAAAUAAGCGUUAAAUGGAAUAUCGAGGUCGAAAGAGAAGGAUCAAAAUUGCAACUCGGGCAUAUAACGACGGAUAAGCUCAUACGCGACUCCUCGACUGACCUGAUUGAUCUUCACGCGCACACUGUGCGACUUCUUUUUUCCCCUGCUUGUGUCGUCUCUUCUUGUCUUUCUUUCUUUCUUUUGUGCUCGGUAAACCGCGCACGAGUGAGUAAUUUUUUUUCUAAUUUCAGUUUACGUAACGUCGCGUACGAGGACAGCGCGCACAGUGCGCGCUUAUUGAUCUCCUUCGUGCUUCGUGUAUAUGAAUUCUCCCGCGUGUGAGUUUCUUUUAACCCUUCGCCAGUGCCUCGACCGACGUUAACGAACAGAAGGAAGCGUUUUCGACAGGCCGGUGUCGCCGAUGAUGAGGAGAGUGUGCGGUCUAGGCGGGAGAGAGAGAGAGAGGGAAAGAGAGGCCUGCAGGCGAAGGCAAUUUUAAUCUCGAUGAGAAAGAGUCCCUUUAAUUUCCGGGAGAACGCAUACACGGAGAAAACACCGGGGAUAUCGAUACCGGCUACCCAGACACAAUAUUAAUGUUAUUUUUCGCCCAUGCGCAUACAGAGAGGGGUCGUAGAAGCCAUAAUAAUCUGGAGCCGGCCUUGUUUGUGGCUUGCUCAUCUGUGUUUGAGAGAAACUCUCGGUGCUGUAUAGCGCAACCAAAACCUAUGGUUCUGUAUUCGCCACGCAGACAUGACAGAGAAACACUGAUGUUAGGUUUGAGUCAGAAAGAAAUAAUGAGUAAGGAACAGGAAGCAAGGAGCGCACAGCUGUGGAUCAAGCACUUUAAAGUGAAGCAAGUAUAUAAUGUGGCGUUGAGGGAAAAAGGAAAAAAGCGAAUUUGUAGUGCAACAUUGACUCAGCUCAACAGAACCGACCUGUCCUUCUGGUUGAGGCAGCUUCGGAUGAAAAUGCCAAUUGAACGUUACGUGUGAUAAGAACUACGGCUGUGAGAACUGAACAGAUGGGACGCGUGUGCCAGCAGCAAUUUUUCAUGCAAUAUCUGUUUAACUCUGCUAGUGACACGCUCAUUUUAUGUGUUGUACAUACAUCUACCAAAUAAUUAAACUGUACUGAGGAAAUUGAUGAAAAGUGUAUUAAUUAUUAACGCUCAAAUGUGCUGAAAUUUUACGUUGAUUUGAACCAUUUUAUACGGAAAUUACUACGGAAAUGAGGUCU